ACCGAAAGCGCUACCACCGCGGGCGACGUCGCCGAACCACCAUGUUCUUCAUCAAAGAACUCACGCACACAAUUCUGCUGCACCCGUCCUACUUUGGACCUCAAAUGCUUUCAUAUCUCGAGACCAAACUAUACAACGACGUCGAAGGAACAUGUUCAGGUCAAUUCGGAUACAUCAUCGCAGUUGUAUCGAUAUUGGAUAUCGGAAAGGGGAUGGUGCUUAGCGGAAGUGGUCAGGCAGAGUUCAUUACACGGUACCGUGCCAUAGUGUUCAAGCCGUUCAAGGGAGAGGUGGUCGACGGUGUGGUAAACAACGUCAACAAGAUGGGCUUCUUCGCGGACGUAGGGCCGCUGUCGGUCUUCGUAUCACAUCAACUCAUCCACCCGGACAUGAAAUUUGACCCCAACUCCAACCCACCGUCCUUCGCGUCAGAAGACCAGAUCAUUGAAAAGAACACAAAGGUUCGGCUAAAAAUUGUGGGUACGCGUGUUGACGCGACGGAGAUUUUUGCUAUCGGGACGAUCAAGGAGGACCACCUUGGGGUCAUCGAAUAGAUUCCGUGUCCAUCCUGUUUCAAUCUAUCACCGUUGUAUUAUAUGUAUAAUAGGUAAUGUCUACUGUCAUGAUACCA